AUGGAUGAUUGUCGGGAGAAGAGAAGACGGUGUACGAAGCUGAGAGUUAGUACUGAUAACAACGACAUGGAGAAGAUGAUGCACAGAGAAAUCGAGAGACAAAGAAGACAAGAAAUGGCUUCUCUUUAUGCCUCUCUUCGUUCUCUUCUCCCUCUUCACUACAUCCAGGGUAAGCGCUCUACGUCCGAUCAAGUGAACGAGGCGGUGAACUACAUAAAGUAUCUGCAGAGGAAGAACAAGGAGCUGAGUUCGAGGAGAGAUGAGCUCAUGUUACUGUCUGGAGGAAGCUUCUUGAACGAUUGUAAGCAUGACAUGAAGAUAGUGAAUCAUGUGGUGGUUCGUCAGUGUUUGGUUGGUGUGGAAAUAGUGUUUAGCAGCCGCUUCUGCGGUGGCCAACCGCGGCUUUCGAGUGUCCUUCAAGUGCUUAGUGAAAAUGGUCUCUGCCUUGUUAACUCUAUCUCCUCUAUUGUUGAUGAUAGGCUGAUUUACACCAUACAGGCCGAGGUCAAAAGUAUCACUUUGGUUGACUUAGCAGAACUUGAAGAGAGAUUAAUCAGAAUGAAGUAA